GUGACUGCUGGCUGCUGGCUGCCAUCGCCUGUCUGACAGUGAACGAAAAGCUGCUGUACAGAGUGAUUCCCCCGGAUCAGAGCUUCACAGAGAACUACGCUGGCAUCUUCCAUUUCCAGUUCUGGCGUUAUGGUGAAUGGAUCGAUGUGGUUGUGGAUGACCGGAUUCCCACCUGCAACAACCAGCUGGUUUUCACCAAAUCUUUCAGAAAGAACGAGUUCUGGAGCGCUCUUCUGGAGAAAGCUUACGCAAAGUUGCACGGGUCUUAUGAGGCUCUGAAAGGAGGUAACACUUUGGAAGCCAUGGAGGAUUUCACAGGAGGAGUUACGGAGUUCUUCGAGUUGUGCGAGGCGCCCACAGACCUCUACAACAUCAUGAGGAAGGCGCUGGCGAGAGGCUCACUGAUGGGCUGCUCCAUAGAUAUUACCUCAGCCAGUGAACUGGAAGGUCGGACUGACCAGGGGCUGGUUAAAGGUCAUGCCUACUCCAUUAUAGACCUUGCAGAGUGUGACGAGGUUGCAAAGAACACCAAGAUUCGCCUGAUUCGCUUGCGUAACCCCUGGGGUUGGGUGCUGUGGAAGGGACCAUGGAGUGUAAAUUCAAACGAAUGGUCGACCAUUUCCAUCGCAGACAAGGAAAACCUUAAAAAACAGACCAUAGAGACGAGUGAGUUCUGGAUGUCUUUUCAUGAUUUCAAAAAGAACUUCACAAAGCUGGAGAUGUGUAACCUGACCCCCGACACACUGCAGGGCGAUGAAAGACACAGCUGGACGGUGUCGGUCAAUGAGGGUCGCUGGGUGAGAGGCAGCUCUGCUGGUGGCUGCCGCAACUUCCCAAACACAUUCUGGACCAACCCUCAGUAUCGGUUGCAGCUGUAUGAGGAGGAUGACGACCCAGAGGACGGGCAGGUGGCCUGUACCGUCGUCGUGGCUCUAAUGCAGAAAGGUCGAAGGAUGCAGCGUCAUCAAGGGGCCAAAUUCCUCACCAUCGGAUUUUCCAUCUACGAGGUGCCGAAGGAGAUGUGUGGAAAGAAUCAACAUCUGCAGAAGGACUUCUUCCUGUACACAGCCUCCAAAGCUAAAUGCAAGACCUACAUUAACCUGCGGGAGGUAACGGAGCGAAUCCGUCUGCCUCCAGGAGAGUAUGUCAUCAUUCCCACGACCUUUGAACCCCAUCAGGCGGGAGAGUUCAUUCUCAGGGUCUUCUCUGAGAAGAGGAGCACAUCCGAGGAAUCGGAGAACGUAAUCGGCUCUGACCAAACACAGCAAGACAAGAAAAUGAAAGAAAAGCCUAUUGUAUUUGUGUCAGACAGAGCACGAGCCAACAAAGAAAUCGAGCAUGACGGCAUUCAGGGGGAAAAGAAGAAGAAACCGAAGCAAAAACUACUCGAACCUGAGGAGGAGACUGAAGAGGAGAAACAGUUCAGAGUCAUUUACCAAAAGAUUGCUGGUGAGGAUAUGCAGAUCUGUGCCAACGAACUCAAGACAGUCAUGAAGAACGUACUCUCCAAACAUAAUGAAAUAAAGUCAGAGGGAUUCAGCCUUGAGACAUGUCGGAGUAUGAUCGCCUUGAUGGAUACCGACGGGACAGGGAAGCUGAACCUGCAGGAGUUCAAACACUUGUGGAAAAAGAUCAAGGCGUGGCAGCUCAUCUUCAAGCGCUACGAUAAAGACAAAUCCUGCUCCAUCAGCAGUUUUGAGAUGAGAAACGCCGUUAAUGAUGCAGGGUUUCACCUCAACAACCAGUUAUAUGACAUCAUAGCCAUGCGCUACGCAGACGAACACCUCAUCGACUUUGACAGUUACAUCUGCUGUUUUGUGAGGCUGGAGGGCAUGUUCAGAGCUUUCAAUGCUUUUGACAAAGACGGAGAUGGAGUAAUCAAGCUUAAUGUCCUGGAAUGGCUUCAGCUGACCCUGUAUUCUUAAGUCGCCUACUUGACCUGCUGACAGUUGGUGCUCACAUUCACGAUUCAUCUCCUGGACAGCCUCUUAAAAGUAUUUUUGCACAGAUUUUGCGACUUUAAUAAAAUCUUGAAUCUUGAAGUCGAAAUCAGAUGUUUGAUGUUUUCUCCAGUUUUAUAAUAUUUAGAUUUAAUGUCAACUUUAUUUCAGCUUAUUUUUAAAAGGUCCAGUGUGUAGCGGUGUGGUUGUGGAUUGCAACUAGAGCCAGUGUUUAGUUUGUCGGUUCUGGGCUACUGUAGAAACAUGGUGGCCUCCCCAGAAGGCGACCCACAGAAUCUGAAUUGAUAUGGAUUGAUCAGAAGUUGCUAUAUUUAUUAGAAAACUAUUUGUUUUCUGUGUCUGUAGAUAAAAACGUCUCAUUCUAAGGUAACAAAAACACAACGAUUCCUAUUUUCAGGUAAUUAUACAGUAAUGAAAACAUACCAAUGAAUUUUAUAUUACAUUUCUGCAAAUAGAUCCUCCUAAAGGUUACACACUGGACCUUUAAGCGACGGACAUCCUCUUAGUAAUAAAGCUGAUUCAUUUUCUCGAUUCUGCAGAGCUGAUGAGAGCGACAGAAUUUGAUGAGUCAGUGUAGAUUAUCAUGUUGCAUCAAGCUAAGAGGCGGUGCAAAGAUGUAAACAGAUGUUUUUACAAAUGUAGUUUAGCCAAAGGUCCUAUGUUGUAAACAAUGUGUUUAGUAAUGCAAAGCUGGAAGUGCUGAAAAAUAAAAUGUUUGAAUAUGA